CUGGCGUGCCAGGUGUCAGCAGCACAGAUGAUGGCUGGAUCGGCUCUGCGGCGUCUUAUGGCCGAGUACAAACAAUUAACACUAAACCCUCCAGAAGGAAUCAUAGCUGGGCCGGUUAAUGAAGAAAACUUCUUUGAAUGGGAGGCUCUUAUAACAGGUCCAGAGGGAACAUGUUUCGAGGGUGGCAUAUUCCCCGCCAAGCUCGUCUUUCCCCCUGACUAUCCACUGAGCCCACCUAAAAUGCAAUUCAUUUGUGAAAUGUUUCAUCCAAAUAUAUAUGCUGAUGGGCGAGUGUGCAUAUCAAUUCUCCAUGCUCCGGGAGAUGAUCCCAUGGGCUAUGAGAGCAGUGCCGAGCGAUGGUCGCCCGUCCAGAGUGUGGAAAAGAUACUGUUGUCAGUAGUCAGCAUGUUGGCUGAACCAAAUGACGAGAGUGGAGCCAACGUCGACGCGGCAAAGAUGUGGCGAGAGGACAGAGAACAAUUCAACAAAAUAGCAGAGCGUCUUGUCCGCAAGACAUUGGGUCUGCCGCCACCUGAAUAG